CGGGAACUACGAAUACCGAGAGAAUUCACCGCUCAGAUGUAAGUCAACGCGGAACCUUGCCGGUCGGUCGUAUUUCAAUCGAUAUCAGUAUGCCUAUUUAUUCAAAAAAAAAGUAUCCAGUACAAACCGUGUAAAUUAUUGUUUUUCGUUCCUACCUACACAACAUUAUUAUAACAUUAUAUUUACCAGUAUUUUUGCGAAUUCAAAAAUAAUAAUAAAUCGUUCACCACCUCGACGCGUCGUAAAAAGGCUCGCGCGUUUGUUUUUCGUUUUAAUAAUCCGGUAUAAAUUAGCCGCAAACGGAUUUGAAAUGGUAAUCGAAUGUACCAAAACGGAAAAAGAAAAGCUUUUUAGUCAAUCUAACGGCGCACUUUUGCCGGGGUAAGUUUUAUGUUUAGUCGUAUUAUAUUUUACAUUAUACCAUUAUGAAUUUGCGUUGAUAUUAUUGUACAUGCCUGCCUACAAUACGGGCAAAUCAAUAGAAACGUGCACACGGUCGCGUAACGCCAAUGUGCGGUGUAAAUAACGUCUACGAAAUUCGAAUCUUAAUACGUUUCGGUAGACACGUAUUGAUAUUGUGCGUUUUAUGUUUCCGCACGAUUGUUGUUGUUACGUGCCCGAUCUACCCGGGUAGGUGUAUAAAUUAUUUAAAAAAAAAAAAAAACAUGUAAUAAUAGCACGCCGUCGGUUAUACGAACAGCGCAGUAUUACCCGCCGUUGUAUAUGAACGUGUAAUACGAAAAACGCGCUCGCCGGGGAAAAAAAAAAAAACAACAACAACAACAAACAAAUUUGUAAGCGCGAUAUUCGAAAUAAUAAUGACAUUAAUGAAAAUGUCAUUAUUGAUUUACUCGCACGUGCUGGCCAAUAUUUCGCGGUCGAGAUACGACCGCCGCCAAUGUUAUUUCAUACGCACAGGUUGACGCGCGCUGCCCCUGGCCGUUUUCGUUCGCGUCGGUUUCAAUCGUCACGGGUGCCCGUGAUUUACUCGCGCGUGUACGCAAACAACGAUUGGUCGAUUGUCGGUUAUCGAUUGAUCGACCGCGCAUACAACGGGUUUAGUACAGGUGUUCGGGAUGUUUGACAUCGCGAUUAUUAUCCGGAUUAAUUGCCGAUCGAAUUCCGAGAAUUCUUUUGGAAAUGCAGUGGGCGAAGGGUUUAACCGACACUCGAAUAAGUGAUAUUACUUGUCACUCCUCCCGUUCGGGGCGCACGCGAAUAUUGUAUAACCGUUCAGGGACGGGUCCAGUGGGACAGAAGACCCACACGCCCCCCCCCCCUCCAGACAUAUUGUUUCUCCGUUUUUUUUUUUUUUUUUUUUUUGUCAAAUCCAUUAAUAAUACAUUAUACUGUAUUGGAUAAAAACUGUUGGACCCCCGCCCCUCCCCCCGGAUCUUUGCUCUGGAUCCGUGCCCGAACUCGUUAGGGAUUUUACUCGACGCGCUCUUAUUUCAUCUAACCGAGACUUUUCUAUAUUUUCGAUCAACGCAAUAUCGGUUCGAAAUUGGCAGCACGCGUUCGUUAAUCAUCGCUAUUGAACAUCGCAUUUUUGUUUUUCUGCUGUUAACUUUUCCGCUUGUUAAUAUUGUAGUCUAUCGAGAAAGGGGGGGGGGGAAAGAAAAAAUUUAAAACGCUCGUUUUAAACGAACACAAUUGUAUUAUCCCGUUUUUGGCGACGGGAGGUGGGUGGUGGGCGAUGGGGCGAGUUCGGCUCAUAACGGUUAACAAUUUUUUACAUUUUUUUUUCUUUUUUCCGAUUGCGAUAAUAGUAAAAUUCCUAACGCGUUGUCUUUUGGAAUUCAAACACCCGUACUGCAGAGUACAACAGUCGGUACCCCGCAAUACCUAUCAUAUUGGUAUUCACACCUUAGACACGGCGAGCGAACCGAGACGAGCGCACACGCCCGUAAAUAAUAUUAUAAUAACUUCCUAAUAUUAUUACGGUGUCUCGCGUCCUGUUCUUGUCCGAUUUUCGACCGGAUUUUUCUUUUAAACGUUUCCCGUCGUGCUAGCGUUUUACUAUUUACCGGGGCGACUAUUGCGUCGUCGUGCAGGAAUUAUCGUUAGGUUAGGUAAGACGACGACGGCCAAUAUUGAUUUUCAAAAAUAUACCAAAAUAUAAUACUUGGGCUGUGGCCGCAAACGAAUUCGUUCGCUUUAAUCUGAAAGUAUAGUGUCGUAUUGCGCUGUAUCGUAGUCGUAAAAACGAAUACGAAUGGUCGUUAUAAGACAUGAACAGGUUUAUCCAACUGCAUUCGUCGUAACCGUGAAGGGGGGGGGGUGCUAUUCGGAAAACUUGUGGGGCUUAUCCCUACCCCUCCCUAAUCGCGCCUACAAAUUAUACACUAUCGGGUUGAUACGGUCGGUCGGGUGUUCGGGUGUUUCGGCGGCGUUAAAACGCGGGUGUUGCCUACGGUAGAGCCGUUUCCGAUCCGAUCCGACCGACCCGACCAACGUGUGCCCAUCCGAUAUUUGCGGCUACAUUAUUUCCGAUUACGUACCGACUCCGUGCACUAAUUAUCUACUCUGACAUGUAUUUAUUAGUGUAUACCACGUGUCGAUAGAGAUGCACCGGUGUGCUUUUUUUCAUUCAAUGUGUAUCCAAGUUCCAGCAGCGUAAUGCGUAAAGCGAUAAAAACGUAUGAUUAUUGAUUAUAAAUUGUUUAUUUAUUUAUUUUAUUUUUAAAAGUUAACGCCGAACGGGUUUUACAGUGGGAAUGACACGAAAGAAAAUUAAAAAAAAAAAAUCAUCGAUUCAUCAAUUAAUUUUUGAACCGAGUAAUCUAAUUUUUUUUCCCGACAAGUCGGAAAUAAAUCGAAUCGAUUUGUUUCCCUUCCGACGUAUCCGGCUGGUUACGUUACGCGAUUAAAAGGGAGUCGAGUUGCUAUUUACAAAUCCAAAUCGGAUACUUGUUUUGGGUUAGUUGUUAAAAUAACGCUUAAACGGUUCACAAAUGAUUAAAUAAAACCCGCGAAAUCCAAUUCAAUUGAAAUUCUCCGAGAAAAUCGUUGGUAAAAUGUUACAACAAAAGAAUACGCGUUACGUGCGCGUAGUUCGUAUUGAUUAUUUAGCUGUUUAGACACUGUCGACACUGUUUUGAAUUUUGAUUCGAAAUAUAUCCGUGAAACACCGGCAUGUCCACUGUCGUGUAAUAAUUGCAUAAUAAUAUUGUAUUAUGCCUGCCAUGCCUAUACGAACAUUGAACAAUAUCAUAAUCAUAAUGUUAUUUAUAACUGUUGAAAAUUAAUCUCUCAAAAACCGGCUUUCUUCGGGUUUUUUUUUUUCCCCCCAUCAUUAUCGAUUAUUCUUAAUUGAAUAAGUCAAAAAGUUAACGCGGUGUGACCGCGUACCAUUAUAAACUAAAAUAAUUAUUCAACGGGUUAUUUAUACUCAAAUUGUCGAUCGGUACAUAAUGAUGAAAAACGUAUUAAUAGAUAAACGAGAAAUUUCACUUUCUUUUUCCGGUACAAACCACGGAUCAAAAACAAUAUGAAUUAAUAUUAUAUUUUCUAUGGCAAACGUUCAGAAUGGCCUGGCCGUGUAUGGAGGCCCAAUGGAAUAUUAAAAAAAAAGUAAUGACAGAAACAAUAAAUGGGAAAAGACCUAGAGGACUACCUAAGCAAAAUUGUGCACCAGGAUCAAAACUUGAGGAGAGUAAAGAUAGAGAAAGGUGGCGGGAAAUAGUUGAAGCAGCGAAGGCCCUAAAUGGGCUAUACAAGUUAAAAGAAGAAAAAGAAGAUAUUUUAUAAAUCGUUAUUUGUUCUCGGCCGGUAUACGUGGGUCAAAUUUACAAUUUUGUUAUGCCUUCAGGUACGUAGAGGUCAGAUUUCCCCAGUGUCGUUGCUGUUGCCUUUUUUUUUUUUAUAUAUAAUUUACCCGAUUUUAUUUGUAAGUUAAAAAAAUAUCCUCACGAGAAAUGUUUUACCAUCAAUCUCGCGCCGUAUAGAAAACGUAAGAGUAAACGUCACUUUGUCAUCUUCGUAGUUUAUACAGCAGGGGCCAAACUUUUUUUGGUAGAGAUCUACUAAGAAUAUAUUUUUCUUUUGAGAAUCGACUUCCUAACAAAAAUGUAUAGUUAAAUAAUGUUUUUUAUCACACUAUUAUUAAGACUAAAAUAAUAUUAUUGUAAAUACAAUUGUCAGGAUAAACUCUGUUGAAUUCUAUUAACUAUUUGAUAAAUUUAUAACAAAAUAAAGAUAAUAUACUAAGAUAAAAAUAAUCAGCAAAUUAAUAUUUAUCUACUUAUUACAUAAAAAUGGAGAUCGACAUUUAAAUCAACCACGAUCUACCGAUCGAUCACGAUUGACCGUUUAGCCACCCCUGUUAUACAGUAAAAAAAACGAUGAAUGUCUAUUUAUUUAUAACAUUUUUUUUAUUUUAAGCGAAUUGAAUGUAUUGAAUUUUUUUAUAAUGUUUGUUUUUUUAUUUUUUUUUCUGUAAAUAACUUUUCUUCUAGCAAUCUUGCUCCAGUCAUCAAAUUUACGAGUGGUUUCUGGUUACAAACUAUGUCUAGUAAUUGGUAUAUUGAAUAUCUACGUCAGUUUUUGAUUUUCCUUGGAGUUAAUUAAUAAAUGGGAAAAAUAAUCGCAUUAAUGGUUUUGUUAUUUUCAAUAUUGUUUUUUAUUUAUUAUAUAUUUUUUUUUUAAUUCAGUUUAAAAUAGAGACCUGACAUAUACUUACCUGAUACUUAUAUUAAUAUUGUAGCACUUUAUAAACGAAGUAAAAUUUUCAAAUCAUUUUUGUUACAUUUUAGCUAUAUUUUUCUGAUUAUACUACAGUCAUUUGAAAUUUUUAAAUUUUUAUUUUUGUUUAAUGUGGAUAAAAUUGUUUUGGCCUAUUUAAAAUGUUCGAAAAUUAAACAGCACAAUGUUAAUCAAAGUCGUAAAUACUUAAUGGUUAGAAAAAAAAACUGAGGAAAACUGACAAAAUAUAAGAAAUGUGAGUAUUAGAUAAAAUAUAUUAUGGUUUAAAACUUUUCUACCAUCAAUUUUGCUCUAAUUUAUAAUGAUAGACAUUUUUCUAAAAAGAAAUCCGACUAGGGAGGUACUUUAGAGAGAUCAUUUUUUUGAUUUUUCCAGGAAUUUUCUCAAUUAAUUUGAAAAACCCGGAAAAUGUACGAAAUAUAUUAGUAAAACAUUACGGCCUUUUUUUCAUGUAAAAAACUUUUCUAUCAGUAAUUUUUUUCCGGUGUACAAUGAUAAUACUUUUUCUGAAAGGAAAUCGGACUGGGAAGAUAAUUUAGGAUGGUCAUUUUUUUUAUUUUCCCAGGGAGUUAUUCCAAUAAAUGAGAAAAACCGGGAAAAUAGGUACAAUGUUAAAGUAAUAUUAUUAAAGAAAAUAUGUAAUUCAUAUUUAAUUAUUUUAUCAUAAUAUGACAUGUAAAUUGGUGACAAGGCAACACUAUCAACCGAACUCCGCUUAGAAUCGUUUUUUCGUUAGCAAUGGUUUAUCAUUGCUUCCAGAUGCACAUUCAAUUUCCCCUCUACUACCUUCCCAACUUCUCAUCUAUAACAGUGGCCGCAUCCGUCCCCGUUAUCCUAGGGCAGUUUUAUUCGAUAUUAAUUUAGCGUUUGACAGCAAUAUAAAAAGAUCCGAGGUAAUCAUUAAAAGUAUAUUAAAUAAAAAUUGUCGGUGAAUUCAUACGGCCACGAAUAGACCAGUACAUAUAUAUCUGUAUUUAAUAUCUGAGGAAAAUCGUCAGUUGAUGAUGGUGAUUAAUCGUCCUUAUAUCGUAUUUGACUCAUCUUCUAUCGCAGUACCUCUAAUACAGUAUAAUGUAUUUUGCAUUAUGGUAUAACAUUUUGAAACGCUCGUUCGUCGAUAUUUCUCGAUAUGACGGCGUCCUCUUUGUAAUUACGGUUUUUUCUGUCGCGGUUCUUUGCGGCCAUAGUGAUGCAUAUAACAUUUAUGGCCCGUGAUGAUGGGUAUAAUCUCUCCGCGUGAUGGCGGUACACCCCUCGAUGGUUUUUUGAUACCGUUCUUUUUUUUUUUCUUUAUUUAACCGAUAAUAUAUUGCUGGGCCUAUAUUGUUUGUUAUAUCGGACCGAACGAAAAAAAUAAAGUAAUAAUAAUAUGGCGGCGACAGUGCGCCCAAGACAGCUGUAUAGAUAUAGAGAAAAUACCCCGCUUAUAGCGUGUCCAUAAAAAAUUAACUUUUUUUUUUCAUUUUUAAAACCUCAAAAUUUAAAUAAUAAUAAGCCUGCAUAAGCCUUUUGCAAUGCCCUUCAUUUAAAUAAAAAAAUUAAAAAAAUCGAUACGGCACCUGUAGUAUAAUUAUAUGUAUGUAUGUAUACGUUAAUGUGUUUAAUAUAUAUAGUGUGUUAUAAAUUAUAACGUAUAAUUGUAUACGUGCGAGGUUAGGAGUGGUAUGUAUAAAAAGUGACUAGUUUUAUGGGGGUUUUUUUUUCGUUUAGAUCGUAUCUCACUUUUUUAUUUUUUAAAUGUUAUUUUGGCUUGUUACCUAAAAAGAAAGCUUGACUAUGAACGUUUUUUUGCGCAGGAAAAUCGAUUUUCAUACGCAUAAUAAUUUAACAUUUAAGUUAAAUGUCGUAACCUAUUGUGAUAACUGUGUAUAGGUAUACACUAUACAUUUGUAUUACUCAUCAUUUUGUGCGAUUUCUUUGAAAUAAAAGUAUACAAAUAUUUUUAAAUUUCGCCUGUCGCAACAAAAAAGCUCGUAGCUCGAUUCAAGUCGUAUCUGUAUUUUUAGCAUCGCUCACGAAAAAGAUCGUAUUUCUAUUCGCCCUAAGAGAUUAUUGAUUAGAAUUUGGAUAAAGUGUGAUACGGCCUUUUUCGUUGUGGCGGACGAUUUAUUUCCUAUCCUUUGACCCUUAUUAAAACUAUUAAAAUGUAAAAGGUAUUAAUCUGUACAGUUUAUUACUUCAGCUCAACGCAAUUUUUCAUGUAAAUUGAGGGAUAUUUUGGAAAAAUUAACGUGUGCACAGAAAAAAAAUGUGCGCUUAUGGAUAGUCAGUUUAUAUGCAUUUCAUCGUUAGUAGGUAUACCAUCUAUAUAAGUUUAUGUUUUCGACUUGAUUCUAAUUAUUCCCAAAACUUUGAAUCGAAUUUCUUUAUUUCUAUGCACGCUGAUUUUACUUUUUCACCGAAACGGAUCGUAGCUGAUUAAUAUUUUCGCCGUUUCAUUAAAACACUUUUAUAAUAGUUGUGGAUUUACAAACAAAUAACGAUGUAUUAAACACGUCUAAUAUAGAUUUAAAUUCUUAGCUUGGAAUGCAUUGGUUUUACUGUAAUGUGUGUUUUUUAUUGUAUGUCUGUAAACCAUUUUUCUACUCCAAAUCUUGCUCCGAUUAUCAAACUCAGGAAUGACUUCUGGAAGUGGAUUUUGUUUAGUUAGUGUAUUGAGAAAAUCAUUUUUUUUGAUUUUCUUAAUUAUGGGAAAAAACCGGAAAUAUUUACACAAAUGCGGUUUCUAUUAUUUUAAUUUUUUUUUUUUUUAUCUUACCUUCUCAACACCCCUCCUGUAACACAUGGCCCAAAUAUAUGGUGUGAAUAAUAUUUUUUUGUUCUUUAAACUAAAUAAUGUAUCGAGUUUGUUAGAGGUUUAUCUAUAUGACUAAAUACAAUUAAUGUAUGAUACUACUGUCGUAGAGAUACAAUCCCGGGAUUUUCAGGAUAGUCACUAGUCUGAAUAGUCGAUAAAUUUUAGAAUCUGACAAUUUGCUGUACAGUUUUUGUUAAUUUCUAGGUUAAAUUGGCAACAAGGGAAAAAAAUGCUAAUAAUAAUCUGAUAAGAAUCGUUUUUUAUCAGUAAUGGUUGCUCACAAAUAUAAAUUAAAUUAUUCUGUGAUACUAUAUUCUCUCUUACAACUUUCCUCUACGGUACACCCAUAAUCAUUUUUUUUUUUUUUUUUUUUUUUAAUUUAUACAUUUUUAAAUUAAAAUAAAACUACUGUUUUCUCUCUGCUAUUUUUUAAACAUUUAUUAUUCAUGUUUUUCUGCAAUAUAUUAUAUUUUAUUCGUUAUAAUAUUGAUAUAUUAUAAAAUGUUCGUAAACAUAUUUGAUAAAAAAAAAAUCAAUUUUCAAAAUGUAUUUAUCUUUUUUUCAAUCCUAAAUUUCGAAUGUAAUCCCGGGAUUAUCAAAAUGAUUCUAUCUAGAUUAUUUAGACUCUAUGCUAUAUUAUGUUGUGAUUCAUAAUAUUUUUAAACCUAUAUUUAUAAUUAAGAGUGUAUUUAUUUUAAAAUUUUAAACUUUUAUAGAAUUUAAAUAUUUCAAAAUUAUAAUUUUAAAUGCGAAUGUUUUAUAAAAGUGAAAUUUAAGCCAAACACUAUUUUUUCAAUUUUUUUUAGUUACUAUUCAGUAGAAUCUUUCUAAACUUUGUGAAAUGUAUGGUUUUUUUUUUUUUAUGAGUAAAUUAACACACCUAUAAUAGGUAGGUAUUCAUUAUUUAAGCACUUCAAACAAAUCAUUUGUUGACUGUUUAUAGUUAUUUUUAAUAGCGUUAAUUAAGUAGUUAUAUGAUAAUUAUUUUCACUUACUAAAUAAUUAAUAACCGUGCAUCCUAUUCAGGCUCGAGUUCAAAUAGGUUUUUUUUUUUCACUUCAAGUAGCCGGUUUGUUUAAUUGCUGUAUACCUGAAACAACAUAAAUAUAAAAGAAAAAAAAAACAACAAAAAAAAAAUAUGACCCUGGCCUUGGCAAUGAUAAUAUCCUAUUCCUGUUAUGAGUCGACUAUAACUAGGUAGGUAUAUUUAAAACUUCCAUAAUCGGCGUUACCUAUCCCUCCAAGGUGCAUUACUCGAGUUAUUCAUCAUGACGAUUUCCGCCAAAUUCGACACCAAAUAGUACACGCAAAUAGGCGCUACCCGGAUACGUCCAAGUGUUGUUUCGGAUAGAUAUUAAAUAUUAUGUUCGAGUACUCACUAAACACGGUUAAACGUUGGUCGGCCGGUGCGUUUAUUUUUUAUAUAUAUAUAUAUAGGUACCUACCGAUUGUGAGUAUUAAGAAUGACUUUUACUUUUCAUACAAAAUUAAAAACCGUAUAAACAAUAAUUUAUCGCGAGCGCGUAUUAUAUUACAUUAUAAUAGGUACAAUAUUAUCCGCGCACAGAGAAUAUUGUUUUAGCGAAAUAAUAGUCGGGAAUCGUUUCUAAAUGGCAUCCAAUAAUAUUAUGAUGAUUUGAUUCCGUACACGUUGAAAUAUUCCCGUGCCGCGCUCGGUUUCGUUAUUUUAAUUGACUAUAAUAAUAUGCCGUUUUAUAAUAGCAGCCUCGUUCGUAAAACGUUUUACGCGUCGGGAUCAACGGACGUGAUACCGCGAUGAUAAGACGAGGCGAAUUUCCAAGAGUGCGUACGUACACCACUUCUCUCACUUGUGCCGCCGAGCGGUUUUCUCGCGGAUCUCACUUUCCUAAUUGUGUCAGCGCCUAUAACGAAUGUAAUUAGUAAUGGUCCGCGUAGAAGUUUUCUCGUAAAUUUUUGUAUUAUGUUUUUCGGCCACGCGUAUUACCUAUCGAUUUAUAAUAAUAAUAAUAAUAAUAAUAAUAACAACAUUGUAUAAAAAUGUGAAAAUGUCUACGAAAACCCGCCGCAGUUGUCGAUAUUAUUUUUUCCCGGUUCAACAGACGAUAAUGUCAAUUGCAGUGGACAGUGCUCGAAUGGGGGUAGGUGCGCAGGGGGACGGGGCUCCUCUACUAGUUUUUUUUUUUUUGAUUAUUCCGUUCCCCAACUAUAUUUUUUUACUGGAACGGCGGACGGCACGAACUAAAUGUACGGGGUAAUUUUUAUUAAAAUGUGGAUUUCAAUUUGCUGUUAAUUGUGUUACGAAUUUCACUAUUUUUAAUUUCAAAGUUGUUUUUGAUAUUAUCAUCUUUUCCACGGUCCCAUAUUCUUUUACCAUACGGCAGGUAUAUCGAUAUUUUAUCACACGAUACCACAAUAACCGAACGAUACCGCAUAGCUGAAUUUAUUUAACUAAACUUUUGACCAUGUGGUUGUCAUUGAGUAAUUACUCUAUGGUGGUUACAUACAUUAUCCGCAGAAAAGCGAUAACAACAAAACAAAAAUGGUAAAAUAUUACCAUCAGAGUACAAUGUUCAUAUAAUUUGUAUUUUCUCCUGCAACAUGUAGGAUGUGUAGGUAUUGCUAUCAAAAUAUAUAAGGAAUUAUAAUAUUUGUAGCCGAAAAUUACUAUUCAAAAUGCUGGUAAGGUGGAACGGGGUGUGGGAGACGAAACUCCCCCCCCUCACGGGUCUUCGUUGAGUGAUUGUGCACUCGGAACGCAGUUUUUAAAUCGUCGGAUUGAGCUCCUCGACUCAAUUUCUACCGAUACGAGCGCUGUAGGUAGGUACUAUCGCAGUUUAAAAUAAUUCGUACAAUUAAAUACCUACAGAUUUAACGAUAAACCGCGGUACCUAAUUCGGGCUUCGUAAAGCAUGCAAUUAAUACGGAUAGAUAGGUAUAAUAAUAUCUGUAUGCGUGUAAUGUAUUAUACGUGUACACUGUUAAACUGUUUAAACGUAAAAAUGCGACAAUUCUACGCGCUUGGCCUUGGUUGAAAUUCUCAGCCAAACGUAAACCUUUCCAUCAUGCCGUGUCAACCGCUUGUUAUAUUUGUUGUUUGGCCCUGGUAGUACCAUGCUGCCACUGUACGCUCUCACUUUCCGCCAUUGCGUUAUAUUAUUUAUAUAUUUAUGUGCCCAAUAUAGGUACAAUAAACAGUUGACGUAAAAGUAGGUAUGCGUUUCCUGAAGUUUAAAAUGAUAACGUACAAAUAUAUCGCGUACCUAGUAAACUAUAAUCCUUUUUUUAAAUCGUAUUUAUUUAACCCCAUAAUAAAAGUAUGUUUAUUAUGUUUUUUUAGGCAUUUUUAUUCGGCGUCACAUAGACCUAGUGUCUAUAUUAGAUUUAAAUGUGCAACCCUCCUUCCCCCUACUGUAAAUAAUAGUUUGAUCCACCGCUACUGAGUAAUGAUCGGUCCCAUAUUCCAGACAAACCCGUGGAAUAAUAUUUAAUUGGAUAAAUCGCUAGAAUUUAUCGGUCAUCAAGCACGUUGAAAUUAACAUUUUCAACGUUUGUUAUUUAUACCAGACUAGUGACACUGCCUUAAAGUAUAUUCUGUUCAAAAAUAUCUGGUACUGUCAUACAUAAAUAAUACAAAAUAUGUAUUCUUCAAUAUUAGUCACUAUAUUUUUAUUUUAAAUUAAUAACAAACUGAUUGGGGCCUGGGGUGGUGAGAUGACACAUCCAUUAAUCACUAGGAGAAACUAAUUCUUUAUUAGCGCCACCUACUUCACAGUUAGCAUGUUAAAAUAUACUAUGAUUAUUUCAAUAUUUUGUAAAUUUUUUGGCAAUCAACAUAUUUAUUUAAUUUAUUUGUAAUUGUCUAAAUACUAAAACCAGUAAAAUCAUAUUUUCAAUCGCUAUAUAUUGAUCAAAUUGCAUUAAUAUACACAUAUACAAUUUUCAACAAAUAAAUAAAUAAUAACGAAACGUAUUCAUUGUUCAUGUUCAAUAAAACAUUAAAAAUGCACAAUUGUAAAAUCUAUUGGUACAUUUUACUUGCUGUAAUUAUUGUCAUUAAGAGUUAGGAUUUUCUUUUAACAGUCAAAAUACACCAUUUGGAGCAUAAGUAUAAUAACUAAUAAGAAAUUUAAAUUUUUCUUCUAUAGCAUUAAAGUUGACCUAAAAAAUAAAAAAUGAUCGAUAGUAUUAGAAUUUUAAAAUCAUACACGCAGUAUAUAAUUAUAACGUGACUUACUUUUGAAUGUAUAUCUAGGUCAUAUAUUAUUAUGUUUUAGUGUUAUUUUAACAAAUUACAAUCCUAUAAAAAGUUUUAUUAAAUAAAAUGUAUUCAAUUUUGUAUUUUAUAGAUACACUGGUCAUUGUCCAACAUUGAAAUUCCGUUUCGGGAAACGAUAUGGAGCCAAUACUUUAGAAAUUAUUCAGGUUUAAUAAUAAUAUACUAAUUAUUAUACUUUUAUAAAUAUCAAAAGUAUUUUUAUUAAAAGGUACAGUGGUGACCUUUUUAUACAUUUUACAAAGUAACACAAACAAAAAUUAAUUUUAAAAGCUUUAUUAAUAAAAAACAAUACUUGACUUUUAAAUGUUAUUUUGUAAAUUGUGAAUGAAAAUGUGUAUUAUAGUUUUAAAAACACAAUUUCGAAAAAUUAAAAAUUGUGCCUUUUUAUUUAAAUAUGCUCAUGAUGUUAUUACUACCUACGUAUAAAUAAAUACAAAUUAAUUUACAUUUUAAUUACUAUAAUUUAAUAUUUAAAUAAAUUAAGGAACUUCGUGAAAAAGGAGUGUUAAAACAAUGUGAUUUGAAAAACGUGUACCUAAGAAAUAGCCCGUUAGAUGAAUUACCUCCUAAACCAAGUUCAAAUGAUCUAAAAAUUAAUAUUGACAAACAAGAAUCAAUCAACACUUAUCAAAGAUAUAUUUUGGGCUAUACCGGUAAAUUUUUAUAUUUCAUUUUUUUGUUUGUACAGAUAAAGUAGCUAUCUACCUAUCUAUUUAAAAUCUACACCUUAGUAUUUCAUAACUAUUAUUCAUAGUUUUUAUUUAAUAUUAUAGGUUAUAUACCAGGGAUGCAUUUUCGGUAUGGAAAAACAUUCUGUAGACUAGCCCAGGAAUGUGAAGAAAAUAUGCUCGUCAAAUUAUCGUCGGAACAAAGUCGUAAAGCAAUUGAAAGACCUGUUCGCUUUUUGCCACCAAAAAUGGUGCCUGAUAAAGCUAACAUGCGUCUACAACAUACUUUGAACAAAUAUAAAAGAAGCAAAGAUUUUAAAGGUAAAUGUUUUAAUAAUUAUCAUAAGUGUAGACAAAUCUGAAGAAAAACAUACAUUGUCCCUCUAUCAAUGUAACUUUUAAUUUUCUACUAAAAAUACAAAUAUAUAUUUGUAUUUUUCGGUAUAAUUUUAUAUUGUUCAUAGAAUGAACAAUAAUAGAUACACACAUAGAAGGAAUGGUUCAAAAUUUUCAUGUAAUCUUCUAUUGAUUGUACUUUAGUGAUUUUUGUAUCUUUUAUAUUAUUAUUAUUUAAUGUCAAUGUACUUAUACUAUAAAAAUAACAAACAAAUAAUUGAAUGAAUUUUUUUUUAAGCACUUUGACUAUAUAAAUGUACACAUUAAUCCCAAUGACACCUGUUUAUUAAUUCAAAUUUGGCUACUCUUGUCUGUUAUGAUAAAAAAAUUAACGUUCAACAACAAAAAACCUAAUCUCAAUUUUCUAAAUUCAACUAAUUGCAAUAGGUUUAUUUUGGUGUGUUAUUUAAAAUAUCUUAAAUCGGUGUUUUUGAAAAAAGAUUAUGCUGUAAAACCAGCACCUUCUUAAUUCCAAACAUCUAAAAAAAUUUAAACAAUUCACAAUCAUAUUUUUGAAUUUUAAUUUGAACAUAAUAUUAUCAUUCAUUGUUUAUUAGAUCACAAAGUAACUCCUGAAUUACCACCUAUAGCUGGUUAUACAGGUCAUAUUCCAAAACUCAAAGUGUCUAAUAUUUCAGUGAGUCUACCAUUUCAUCAUUCAGCAAAACUUGGACUAUCAGUCUUAAAACAAGUGAGAUUAUAAUCAUAGUAUUAAUAUUUAUAACAUUUAUUUUUCACUUCAUAAAAUACAAAUUAAUUAACUCUCAGUUGUUUAUAAUUUUAUUAAAUAGCCAUUGGUCAUUUAUAAUUUCGAUUUGUUUCACUAUUUAAAAUACUAAUGAACAAUAUUAUUAAUAAUUAUUAAAACUUUAAUUUGUUAUAAAUUGCAUUGCAAUAACAAAAGUUUAUAUUAUUCUAAAUAACUUAAUAACUUUUGGAGAUUUUGUAAUUUGAUAAUAACACCAAAUUGCUGUUAUCAAAUUACAUUAAUCUUUAUGAAAUAUUUAAUUUAGAGUAGUGAAUGGACCAAUAAUUAUGGAAUUAAUAAUUUUAUGUGAUUAUGAAUAUAAGUCUAAAGUAUCUGUAAAAAUGUUGAUAUUAAACUAAAUUUAAAACAAAAGUUAUAAAAGUUCAAAGUUUAAUAUUAAAUUAUUUGUAAAAUAUAUAACAGGUAUUUGUGGGAUUAUUCACAAUAUGGAAGAAAACUUUGAACUUUUACUUCAUUAAAUUACCAUUUAAUUGUACUUUUUUCAUUACAAUUUAUAAAUAUAACUUGUUUAAGUAAAAGUUUAUCUAAUUGUUAACAAUUUCUAAUAGUUCUGAAAAUUGUUUUCUUCAUGUUUCUUAAUGUUAACUAAUAAAAAGUUUUUCACUUGAUGAUUUAAAAUAAGUACAAAUUUUACAAUUGAAAAUAUUAAGAGAAAUAUUUCUGGAUUUAUUUUAAAUUUUUAUUCCAUGAGGCUAGGUAGAAAACAAAUUACAAAAUAAAUAUUCAGUGGCUUAUUUAUUAAAACAAAAAACUUUUUUUAUAUUUCUUUAUUCAGGUUAGUUUGCCGCCAGUUACAAAAAGUAAUUUCAAAUUAAUUAAUUACAUCUAUAAAUAAAUACAUACCAUAAUAUAGUCUGAGUUAUGUUUAGUUACAUAAAUUGAAAAUAUGAUAUUCUAAAAUUGUAUACUUAUUACUAUAGUUGUGUGAAUUAUGGUUUGCAAAUUUAUAUUCAUGAAAUUGUUAACUAUAAACCAAGGGUAAUUUGAUCAUGAUGUAACAAUAGAAACUUUUUCUAUACAAACAAUAAAUCAUUAACAUAUAUAUAUGUAUAUAUAUUUAACUAGCUCAAUUUUCUGGAAAUAUUGAAUAAAACACAUAACAAAGACCAAUGAUAGGUAACCAAUCACUUUAAUAACCAAUUAAAUUUAUAUAUUUGACCUUAUAAAUGUACUUAUAAUUGAUGGAAUUGCACCUAUCAGUUUUCACUGUUGGUCAACUACAGAUAGUAUCUGUAGAGGUAUCUGUGCUGGUAGAGUAUAUGUAACCUCAAUUAAAAUAUAAUUUAAUUCCAUUCCCAAAUAUAUACAUAUAUAUAGUUGUAUAAUUGUACAUGUUCAAUAUAAUUUGUUCAACUUGAAUUUUUAGUUCACAUCUACCUAUAAAGAACAAAAAAAUUCAAAAUAAAUUUUCACACCAACAUUAUAAUAUUUAUGUUUGUUGAAUAAAAUACUAAAACACUUCAAUAAUAAAAAAUAAAUUUCAAAAUAAGUUUUACAUCAGAAAUUUAUGUGGACCGUUUGCACAUAAAUAUUUAAUUGAUCUACACAUAUUCUCUCGAUCAGCAUCAUUUGUGCUAGAAUAUACACAAUAUACAUAUUUUUAUUCUAAAUAAUUUAACUGCUAAGUAUAAAUAACGAAACAUUUAUGUUAGUGUAUUAAAAAACUAACAAAAAAAAAUAUUUAACCUAACUUACCUACUGAAUUUACAGACAUGGGGUAAACAUUUGCUGAACACGGAAAUUGUCAAUAAUGACCUUCCCAAACUUACUGACAAUGACGAUAAAUGAGAAAAAUUGAUUAAUGACAUUUUGAUAUAAUAUAAUAUCUGUAGAUAAAUCUGAUAAAUUGUUUUUCGCAAGACACACAAGUAUUAGUUCAGUUUGGUGUCGAUAAUUUACGCAUAGUUAAAUAACUGACACGUAAAAUAUGAAACCAUAAGGGUAUAUGUUUCAGGCACUGAAACCCAUUACCAAGGGUUAAUCUCAACCUAUCGAGGUAUAUUGUAUAUAAACCUCAAUGCCUUAAUCUAACUCUUGAUUUAAGAUAGUAUUACCUAUCUUAAAUCGUGACCUAACGAUAACUGUAGUAUAAACUUUAAAUUUAUCCAUUUAAAAUAUUAAACUUUUCAUUAUUAUUUAAAAUUUAUUAUAGCUACUUUCUUUUUUGUUUGAUUGUUUAUUAGACCGUUUUAAUGAAUUAUUUAACUUUUUGUUAUCCUAGUAUUUAUAACUUUGAAUAAGAUACCAAUUAAAAUUAAUGAAUACAAAUUUAAAAUGAUUUCAUAUAAAAAAUUACGUACAUAGGUAUUUACUAGGUAGAUAUAGAUAGGUAUCUAAUAACAUUAUAGGUAGGAACAGUUAUAUUUAAUCUACAAUUUAAUUUAAUUAAGGUCUUAUUGAAUUGUUACUAUUGUUUCAAUAUAUAAAAUGUUACUUCUGAACCUAAUUAGUUAAAAUUGUCUCAUUAAUAUUUUUCAGGAAAACGAAAAUGCUGUCAAAGAAAACACUAGAUAGAAGAAAAACAUUUUCUUCAUAAUUAUUGGUAAACAAUAAAUUAAUGGUUUUUUGUUAACAUGUAUUGCUGGUUAAAACAUUACUCAUAAAUUAUUAAAAUUUUUUUAUUUAUUUACAUUUCUAUGUUCAACUUGCAGUUACCUAAAAUAUUACUCUAAUUUGUUUAAUGUUAACAUGGAACCAUAUUAUUGUAAAUUUUCAAACAUAAUAAUUAAAGAUGUCAAUUUAUUUGUUGUAAUUGAUUAUAUUGUCUAAAGACAAUAAACUUAAGACUUAAUUUAUAAUAUUAUAUAGUUAUUAGGUUAAUGAACUUAUAUUAUUUCCAAAGGUCAGAGUGUAAUAAAUUCAAAUUAAAAAAUAAACAUUUUUAUACAUAAUAUUAUUAUAUACCUACGUGU